UUGCGCUUGCCUUUUUUAGGUUAUAAUAGAAAUCAUAAUUUGUUUCUCUGUAUCAUUUAUUUAAAAAUGGCUUCAGGACUGGAUUCCUUUGUAAACCAUACCGUUUCCAUAAUAACCUCCGAUGGAAGAAACUUCAUAGGUACACUCAAAGGUUUCGAUCAAACGAUUAAUAUAAUUUUAGAUGAAUCUCACGAAAGGGUAUAUUCAACAACAACUGGUGUAGAGCAAGUAAUGCUCGGAUUGCAUAUUAUAAGAGGAGAUAAUGUAGCGUUAAUUGGACUUAUAGACGAAGAAAUAGACAAUAGGUUGAAUUUAUCGAGCAUUAAAGCUGAACCUUUAAACCCUGUUGUACAUUAAAAAAUAAGGCUUAAGUUAUAUU